AUGGGCCGACCUACUCGAAAAUCAAACCAAAGAAACACCUCCAAUUCAAGUCAAGUAAAUAUUCUCAAGCAAAAUCAGAAAAACAUUUUCAAGACAAGUCAAAAAAACAUUCCCAAGCCAAAAAAAGAUAACAUUCCCGAGUCAA